AUGUCAUCCUCGAUCGUCGUCAAAUUAAUUUCAGACAAUUCAAUAUAUCCUAAUUUACAAAUACAAACAACAGAUUCUAAUUCAUUAACAUACUUAAUUGUUGGACGUAAUGAGCAAAGCAAAAUAAAAUCAACGCGUUGUGCUAGACAACAAGUUUGUCUUCAUAUUGAAAAUGAUCAAGUGUAUAUUAAACAACUGGGUACACAUCCUUCAUUUAUAAAUCAUAGUCCUAUAAAAACCAAAGAUAAACAAAUAGUAAAUGAUGGAGAUAAACUUCAUUUAUUAGAAAACGAACAUUGUUAUACUGUUCGAAUUGAAUGUUCAAAUAUUAGUAGUAAACUUAUGAAAUCAUCUUCAUUAACUAAACCUACACUGAAAAGACAAAAUACGGAGGAGAAGGAUAACGAAGCAGCAUGCAAAAAACAAAAGGGUUCUAUGAAUAAAAUAGAGCAACAAGAAGAAAAAGAUGCAUCUGAUUCGGAAGAAAGUCGUGCACUUUGGAUACAACAACAACUACACGCUAUGCAAUCCAAUGUCAAUCAAACAUCAUCAUCAAGUAAACCUUCAAAUCCAAUGAAGAAAUCAAAUUCAAAUUCUGAAGAUUCAUGGGAAAUACCAUGUGAUGGUCUUGAAGUUUUUACUUCGAAAGGAGUGAUUAGUAGUGAAAAGAUUGCAGCAUUUGAUAUGGAUGGAACAAUAAUUUUAACAAAAUCAGGCAAAGUACAUCCAACCGAUGAAAAUGAUUGGCGUAUUGGUUUCGAUACAUGUUUUAAAAAAUUAAAACAAUUAUGCGUAGAUAAUUAUAAAAUAGUUAUUUUCACUAAUCAACGUGGUCUAAUGAAAGCAACAUCUACAGAUCAUUUUAGAAGAAAAAUUCAAUAUAUUCAACAAAAAUUAAAUGUUCCUCUUCAAGUCUUUAUUGCUAUUCAUCCAGGUCGUUAUCGAAAGCCAUGUACUGGAUCAUGGUCACUUCUAGAAUCAAAAUAUAAUGAUGAUAUUAAAAUUGACAAAUCUAAAUCAUUCUACGUCGGUGAUGCUGCUGGUCGUCCAGAUAAAUGGCGAGCUAAAGCAAAAAAAGAUCAUUCAUCUGCUGAUCGUCUUUUUGCGAUGAACCUUGAUUUGCGAUUCUAUACGCCAGAAGAAUAUUUUCUUGGUCUAAGCAAAGCUUUGCAUGACAUGCCAAAAUUUGAUCCUAAAUCUCUUCGAUCGAUUCAAUCACUUCUUGAACCAACUACUGCUAAAUUGACAUCAGAUAAAACUGAAAUCAUUGUCAUGUGUGGUCUUCCAGCAUCGGGUAAAAGUUGGUUUGUAAAAAAGUAUAUUGUUCCACAUCAAUAUGAAUACGUUAAUCGGGAUGAAGUCGGUACCUGGCAAACAUGUGUGAAAAUGACUGAAAUGGCUAUUAGUAAACAAAAAAGUGUCAUAGUUGAUAAUACUAAUAUAGAUACAGAAUCUCGGCAAAGAUAUAUCGAAGUGGCUAAAAAAUUCAAUGUUCUAUGUCGAUGCUUUGUAAUGAAUGUAACAGUUGAACAUACUAAACACAAUAAUCUUUUUCGGCAUAUGAUCGGCACUGAUAAAGCCCAUAAAGAUGUUAACGAAAUUGUUAUAUUGGGUGCCAAUAAACGCUAUAUAAAACCAAGUAUGGAUGAAGGCUUUUCAGAAAUCGUAAUGGUCAAUAUGCAACCCAUGUUUGACGAUGCCAAUGUAGAACAAUUAUAUUAUCAAUAUAUUCUCGAUAAAUAA